AUGCACAGAUGUUUACAGGUGGAGAGUCCGAGGUACCUGCAAGUGACAAGCUGUAAGGUGUCUGGGAACCAUGAAGUUUUGUGUCAUUUACAUUCUUGGGAUCCUUUAACGUAUCUGUCAGGGAGCUCUGGGGACAUACUUCCUACCCUGGAACAAAAAUGUGCUGACUUCCAGAAUGCCAGUUUCCUCCGAGGCACCACUCUCAAAAUCCAAUUUCUCCUCUUUACCCAUUCCAAUCCUAGCUGUGGGCAGAGAGUGGAAGAAGGCAGUGACCUUCAGAACUCUGGGUUCAACACUUCUCUGGAAACAAAACUGCUUAUCCAUGGUUUCAGAGCUUUAGGAUCAAAGCCAUCCUGGAUUGAUAAAUUCAUUAGAACCCUUCUGCGCACAACCAACUCUAAUGUGAUAGCUGUGGACUGGGUUUAUGCCUCGACGGGCUUCUACUUCUCAGUUGUAGAAAAUGUGGUUAAGGUGAGCCUGGAGAUCUCCAGAUUCCUCGGUCAAGUCUUGGAGCUGGGUGUGUCCAAGUCUUCAAUCCACAUCAUUGGUGUUAGCCUGGGGGCCCACGUUGGGGGCAUGGUGGGACAAUUCCACAGAGGCCAACUGGGGAGAAUAACAGGCCUGGACCCCGCGGGACCAGAGUACACCAGGGCCAGCUGGGAGGAGCGCCUGGAUCCUGGAGAUGCCCUGUUCGUGGAAGCCAUCCACACAGAUACUGAUAAUUUGGGUAUCCGGAUUCCUGUUGGACAUGUGGACUACUUUGUCAAUGGAGGCAAAGACCAACCUGGCUGUCCCACAUUCAUUCAUGCAGGUUACAAUUAUCUGAUCUGCGAUCACAUGAGGGCUGUGCAGCUCUACCUCAGUGCCCUGGAGGACUCCUGCCCGUUGAUGGCCUUCCCCUGUUCCAGCUACAAGGCCUUCCUUGCUGGAGAUUGCCUGGACUGCUUCAACCCUUUCCUGCUUUCUUGUCCACGGAUCGGGUUGGUAGAACAAAGUGGUGUCAAUAUAGUGCCACUUCCGAAGGAAGUGAAAGUCUACCUCCUGACCUCUUCCAAGGCUCCGUACUGUGUGUAUCACAAUCUUGUGGAAUUUCGCUUGAAGGAAACAAGAAACAAGGACACAGACAUCGAGGUCACUUUCCUUACCAACAAUGUCACCUCUUCAGUCACGAUCACCAUACCUAAACACCAGCUCCGGGGGAAAAGAAUCCUGGCUCACCCACAAUGUCACAUAAACCAAGUAAAUCUCAAACUCCAUGCUUCCAAACGAAUGUGGAGAAAAGACAGGACUGUCAUCACUGGGACGCUCUGCACAGGCCCUCUGCCCAUCAAUAACAGAGAAAAAGUGGUCUGCUUACCGUUAGUGCAGUUGCAAGCAGGUGUGACUGCUUCUCAUGACCUGAAAAUAGCCUGUUAG